GUCUGUAUAUAAAACUGGCCAAUUUUGGCGACGCCUUAGGGGCGGGGCGUCCAUACAAUUAACAUAUAACGUUACCACUAGUAGAAGAACACUGGAGACUGUUGCGCCGUUGCCAUGACGACAUCCUAUAGCCUGAAAGUCGCCGACGCGCGGUUCGGCGGGUUCGUCCGUCUUCUCUUCCGGUGGCAGGCCAGCUUCUACAAGCUCCUCUACAAGGAGCUCCUGGUCUACCUGGCGCUGUACUUCGCCCUGAGCGCCACCUACCGGCUGGUGCUGAACGGCAGGCAGAGGGAGUAUUUUGAGGACAUCAGCCUGUUCUGUAACAAGCACACGGACCUGAUCCCGGUGGCUUUCCUGCUGGGGUUUUACGUGUCGGUGGUGUUCACGCGCUGGUGGCAGCAGUACACCUGCAUUCCCUGGCCCGACCGCAUAGCGGCGCUCAUAGGCUGCAGUGUGCACGGGGACGACCACAGGGGCCGUUUGAUCCGCCGCACGCUGGUCCGUUACGUCAACCUGGCCACGCUACUGAUCAUGCGCAGUAUCAGCACAGCCGUCUACAAGCGCUUUCCCACCAUGCACCACGUGGUGGAGGCAGGUUUCAUGACCCCGCCUGAGCUGAAGGACUACGACCAGCUGGACUCUCCGCACAACAAGUUCUGGCUGCCGCUGAACUGGUUCUGUAACCUGGUCACCAAGUGCCGCAGGGAGGGGCGCGUCCAGGACCCCUACACCUUCAGGACUCUCAUCGAGGAGUCUAACAGCAUCAGAGGGUCCUUGGCGAUGCUGUACAGCUAUGACUGGAUCAGCGUGCCACUAGUCUACACACAGGUAGUCACAGUUGCUGUGUACACGUUUUUCCUGUCCUGCCUAAUGGGCCGGCAGUGGCUGGACCCGACCAGACAGUACCCUGGGUACGAGGUGGACCUGUACGUCCCCAUAUUCACCAUCCUGCAGUUCCUCUUCUACAUGGGCUGGCUCAAGGUAGCAGAACAGCUGAUCAACCCGUUUGGUCAGGACGAUGAUGACUUUGAGACGAACUGGUGCAUCGACAGGAACUUACAGAUCUCGUACCUUGCGGUGGAUGACCUAUACAUGACCAACCCAACGUUAGAGCAGGAUAUUUACUGGAACCAGCCUGACCCGGACCUGCCCUACACCGAAGCCUCCAUCAGUAACCGUGUGAUGACCGAGCCCUUCCUCGGAUCUACAUUUGACAUGAGGCUGAACGUACACAACAUGGAGUUCACCAGUCUCCCCACCGUGCCGGAAGAACCCGGAGAGAAACGGUCGGACAGCAACAACAGCCUCCACAGCCCGGCAGGACCCGCCAUAGUGGUCACAGGUUUGCAUCGAGAGAAGGACGGCCCCAGCAAGACAGCAUCCGUCCCGCGCGCCAGUCACAGCGCCUCCGCCCCUUCGUCUCCUCUACUGACUCUCGGAGGUAAGAACGCCGGGAAGGGGCGAGGUUUCGCCUCCCCAAGGUGUCUCAGGAAAGCCCUGCUGACGUCUAAGACGCGCGCGAAGAUGGAGAGUCCCUUAGAGCUUGAGAAGUUGGACAGGAGGCGACCUGUGUCUUGGGGCGGAAGGGAGGGUGGUUCGAGCGCACUUCGGGACAACUCUGUCGUUAGCUCAACUGAAGACAACAUGGCCGACAUCACGAACAGACCAGGAGAGACGGCGGCCCGUCUUGAGGUACGCAAUUCGCAAUGGUGGGCGGAGGAACAUGUCUGGCUAGAGGACGAAGGAAAACCACUUCUCAGCGUUCAGACCAACGAAACACACGCAGACACCCCAGGUGCUAGAGGUCACCUUCAAAAACAAGAUGGCGGACCGGACUACGCGUCGAACACAGCCCGAGGAAACAGCCAUGUGCCGCGAGUGGACAGUUCAGACCCUGGGUCCGUGCAGAGGCUGACUGUAGUGUGAGGGGUGUAGCGUCUAUGGUUGAAGUAUAGGCCAGGAUGAGUCUCUUUCGCAUGAUCAUAGUAGUCUUGAAAUUUACUCUCCAAGCAGAGGCUGUGGGGGAAUGAUCGUUAGCUUUUUAUAUAUGGCUCUUUUUUGUCGCUAAUUAUAAUCCUACCCGUUGGUGGCCGCGGAGCUUCUCUGGUUAAUGGAUACUGCCUGGCCAAUUUGAUACUGUCUUUUUGCCACCGAGAGAGAUCUGCUUGGAGAUUAUUGAAAUUGGUUUUGAUUUUACACUUUUAGCGCAUAUAUUAGUUGACAGCAAUCCCAAUAUGUUACUCAGAAUGAUGUUUUUACGCCUGUUCAAAAUUUAUGAAAUCUCUUGUAUUGCUCAAGUAAAGUUUAUUGUGCACUCUGUUUUAGAUUUGUGGAAGCAAAACCUUUUUUUUUCUCUUUUCGAUUCCCCAUAUAUAAGUGAGGUUGAUUUUUUCUGAUUUCAAGUUUGUCAUUAUAUGUGUGUGUAUGUGUGCGUUAUGGUGACAUAUCUUUAUGAAAAACAACACAAUGACUUAAGGUGUGGGGAUCCGGAAACUUUAAUAUCAACCACCCACAGCAGCAAAUACGGGCAAGUAGCAUUUCAUAGUUGCGUCUGCAAUUUUACUUAUUAUCUAAUUUUGCAUGACUUUGCAUGGAAAUUGACAAGUAAAGCACCGUCGACUUU